CACUUCAUUAUCGGCUGCUUAGUCUAGUUGAGGCUACUUUGUCUCAAUGUCUAUGCGAGUUACUAAGUAAUGACCUGAGGUGGUUGACUUGCACGUUUACGUCAUGACUUUUCCCAGGAACAUUCGGAGAUCAAGGCUGAGAUCGAUCUUCGCGGGCCCGGAUCUGCUAACCAGGUACCAGGUACCACUGGGUUCUUGGAGCUUGGUUUCCUAGGAUGAUGUAACUUCCAUUUCCCUUCAAGCUUUUGACUUACAUUUUUACUGUUGCCGCCUUGGACUCUUUGUACAUACGUUGCCUCAAAGACGUCAAGAUGGCGCGCAAGAAGAGUCAAGCCACUAAACCUGAGAUCAACGCUAAGGAACUGGCUUCUCGCUCCAAGCAGGAGAACGAAGGAGCCAAAGAGGCUGAGCAGGAGGGCGAAGUCGAGAAUAACAAUGCUGCUGAAGAGCCAGAGCCAGAGCCAGAACCCGAGCCUGAAGCGAAAAAAGAAGAAGCAGGUGCAGAUGUAGAUGCACAUGCCGGGCAGAAGCGCAAAGGCCCGCCAACUGCUGGAACGAAAGCGAAGUCAAAUAAAGCUCCUCGACAGGGCUCACGAACAUCAUCACGAACAGCAGGCAACCCAGCGACACCGAAACAACUACUGAAUUUCCUGCUAUCAUCCAAGUCUCUGCCAUACUGCUUCCCAGCCGAGGAACUUGAAGCAGCCAAGGACGCGUCCUCAGGGAAGGGAAAAUUCAAAUGCUACUCCCUGACAUCGCCAUCGUCAUUCACACCAUUCGAGCACCUCAUCUGCGCGCACUUGCUGGCCAAACCGCUCAGUCACGCGCUCGGCAUGCGGAGUAUCCGCACCCUGCUCAAUGAGCCAUUCAACUUUUCGACGCCCGAGGAUAUAGUCCAGGCCGGGGAGAAGCGCGUGUGGGAAGCGCUGGAGGCUGCGCGCACGCAACACCGCCAGAAAACAGCGACUUAUAUCUUCGGCAUGGCGCAGAAUUAUGCGGACGAUGAGACGAUGUUUGGUUUGGCCGAGGAAGCGAACGAUGACGGUCCAAAGGGUGUUGUAGCGCACGUCAAGAACACUGUGCCCGGGCUAGGGGUUGUGGGUGGCGAGAUCUUCGCUCGCAGGGUACAGUGUGUGGAUGGUUGGGGGGAUGCGCUGUGGCCUUAUGCUGAUGGUAAGGCGCUGGAUGCGGUGAGGGAGAUUGGGAUCGAUGUUAGAGAUGCGGAGGACUUCCAGGGUGCGAUUGAGGGGUUGAUUGACUGGAGUUUGGUUGGGGAUAUGGGGUUGCAGGAACGGGAUGUGAGUAAAGGGGAGCUGGUGGGUGAGGAGAUGGAGAUGCAGGUGCAGGCUGAGUUUGUGGUUGCGUUGGAACGGGCUUUGGGUUGUAUAUUGGAAGGGAAGGGUGCGGAGUUGAGGAAAGCGGCUGCGCAGGCUUUUUCAUAGUAUAUAGGGGCUUUCUGGGAUAGGCGAGGUGGUUUGUCUGCAUGGGAGGUUUUGACAAGGGAGGUCUUGGAUUUGGGGUUGUAAAUAUAGUGUAUGAUUG